UCUUUCCUCGACUGUCUACGAAGGAACCCGCCAUUAAAGCAAGCUCGCAACGUGAGUCUGUCGUUGCUGUGCACUCUACAAAAAAGUGCAAUUUUUUUAACCUAUACCUAUCGCUGGUAUUUUCUUGGAAGAAUGGCGUACAGGGGACAAGGUCAGAAGGUGCAGAAGGUUAUGGUGCAGCCCAUUAACCUAAUUUUCAGGUAUCUACAAAAUCGCUCACGGAUCCAGGUGUGGUUGUACGAGCAGGUGAACAUGCGGAUAGAGGGCUGCAUUAUUGGUUUUGAUGAGUACAUGAACCUAGUUCUUGAUGAUGCAGAGGAGGUCCACAUGAAGACCAAGAACAGAAAGCCACUAGGGAGGAUCAUGUUGAAAGGAGACAACAUUACCUUGCUGCAGAGCGUGACCACCUAGGACAAUGGACACACCUCCAAAUCUCACAUUUCCUAGAAAAGAAAUGUUUCCCUUCUUGUUUUGUUUUUGCGAAUGGUGUUAAGUAUGUUUGUGUUUAUACAACAUGAAUAUUGUAAUUGUUUCUUACUACCACAUGGAUUUGAGAAUAAAAUUUUCUUUCUUACAA